AUGGCAUCUCGAUACACUGCAGCUUAUUCACACCCAAGCGGCCCAGGGGAUGGGCGCCCAACGGCUGAACAGGUUGUCCGAGACGUAAGGCCUCAUUGGAAAGUGGGCGGACAAGGUUGCUCUUCGGGUAUCGGAGUCGAGACAGCUAAGGCCUUGUCGAAGACGGGCGCAAAACUGUAUCUAACAGCACGAAAUCUCCAAAAGGCAAAGAUGGCCCUUGGUGAACUCGCAGAGUCUCCAAAUAUCCGCCUUCUUCCCCUUGACCAGGAGUCUCUCGACAGCGUUCGGAGUUGUGCUGCAGAGUUUCUGGCUGAGAAUAACAAAUUCCACCUCUUGGUUACAAACGUGGGCGUCAUGAUGACCUGCAAAGAGACCACGAAGGACGGCUUCGAGCUUCAAUUUGGAGUGAAUGACCUCUCGCACUUUCUCUUGACCAACCUCCUGAUGCCCGCUCUACUCUCGGCAUCCACGCCGUCAUUCCACUCAAGAGUACUUGUACUUUCCUCCACUGGUCACAAGUUCUCUGCGGUCAAUUUCAACGACAUUAACUUUGACGACAAGUUCGACGCCAUGCAGGCGUAUGGGCAGAGCAAAACGGCGAAUUUGUGGACUGCAAACGAGAUCGAGAGACGAUAUGGGUCUAAGGGACUUCAUGCCUUCAGCGUUCGCUAUUAUGUCGUCAAUUCACGGAACCUACCACCAGACUGCUAG